CAGCGCGCGGCGGCGGCGGCGGCGGAGGAGGGGGCGCGGGCAGCCGAGGCCUUCGCCGAGCUGGACACCGACGGGGACGGACGGGUGACGGUGACGGAGCUCCGUGCCCGCCCCGAGCUGGACACCGACGGGGACGGCGCCGUCUCAGAGGACGAGGCCCAGGCGCUGCUGGGGGACUCGGCGCCGGUGGACGCUGCCGCCUUCCGCGACCGUCUCUGGGCCACCAUCAAGCAGCGCUACCGGCCCCAGGGCCAAGCCGAACCCUCUGCGCCCCCCCCGGAGCCCCCCCUGGAGGAGACCCCCCCGGAGGAAGAGGAGGAGGAGGAGGAAGAGGCUGAAGAGGAGGAGGAGGAGGAGGGGGAAGGGCCUGAUGAGGAGCUAAAGGUGCCCCCCCCGCAGCACCCCGAGGAGAAGGGGCCCGAGGAGGCCCCCCCAGAGCCCCCCUUCGACGACGCCACCCAGGCCCUGAUCGAUGCCGCCCAGCGGGCCCGCGAGGAGCUGGAGGAGGCCGAGCGAGCCCUCAAGGAGGCCGAGGAGUCCAUCAGGGCCCUGGAGCAGGAGCUGGCCUUUGACUUCGGCCCCCAGGGGGAGUUCUCGUACCUGUACAACCAGUGCUACGAGCUGGGCACCAGCGAGUACAUCUACCGCCUCUGUCCCUUCAAACGCGUCUCCCAGAAACCCAAACACGGCGGCGCCGAGACCAACCUGGGGACGUGGGGGGCCUGGGCCGGCCCCGAGGCCGAUCGCUUCAGCGCCAUGAAGUACGAGCACGGGACGGGCUGCUGGCAGGGCCCCAACCGGGCCACCACGGUGAAGUUGUCCUGCGGGACGGAGACGGCGGUGACGGCCACCACCGAGCCCAGUCGCUGCGAGUACCUGAUGGAGCUGGUGACGCCGGCGGCGUGUCACGCCCCCCCCUCGCACGAGGACCACGACGAGCUCUGACCCCCCCCCAGCCCCCGGUACCACCAUCCUCAACCCCCCCCCGCCCCCGGUCACAGCUCUCCUGGCCGUGCCUCAGUUUCCCCUCGGGGUGGGGGGGUGGUGGCCAUUCCCUCAAGGGGACAAUCCGGGGGGGGGGGUGGUGACAGCACGGUCCCUGCCUCAGUUUCCCCCUCCCACAGCCCGCCGGGAGCUGCCAGAACCUCAAGGGACCACAGGACCCCCCCCCCCCACCCCCCCGGGGGGG